CUAAUUUUGAUCAUUAUCAAGAGGUUGUUGUAUUACCACCACCACCAGCAUCAUCAUCAUCAUUAUCAUCAUCAUUGGAUAGUAACAGCAGUAGUAGUACAACAGAUUACGAUUCUGAAAAUGAACUAUUAGUAAUCGGUCAUCAUCAGCAUCAUAUAAAAUCAUCGGAUCCAGUACCUGUACCGGGUAAACGACGUCAUGAAUCUGGUGAUAGCCUAACCACAGCAACAACACCAUCAACUGGUUCUUCUUCUUGUUCAUCAUCAUCGUCAUCGUCAUCGUCAUUGAUGAAUGGUUCAUCAACAACGCCGGAACCGAUAUCGACAACAACAAAACAACAACACGAUUUAAAUGGUUUUUCCAUUGCAGACAUUAUACAACGUUUACAACGUUCAUCAUCUCAACCAAUACCGAUUGACAUAUUGAAAGAAUCAUCGGAACAAAUUGAAAUUUAUCAUACACAACCAUAUUAUCGUAUUACAUUGAAUCCAACACGUGAAGUACAAGGAUCAAAUAUAAUAUCUGAUGCAUUUUAUAAAUUAGAUUUCUGUAACGCUAUACGUGAUAUACGGCGAUUUGCAUAUGUAAGCAAAUUAUUACAUCUAUUGAUUACACAGAAUCUAACAUCAUUAAGUGGUAAUGCUACAAAAGCAUUGUUUUGGAUGCUUGAAGAAAUUGCUAAACAAGUUGCAUCAAAUAAACAAAAUAUUCAUAUAAUUCGUAAACUGUUGAUUGAACUUCGCGAAAUUGUUGAUAAAUAUCUAUGUUGGGGCCGACCAUUAGGUUCAACAUCAUUAUGGGAACAACAUUUACGUACUAUGGAAAGAAUUUGUGAAAUGACUGAUGCUAUUGAAAUUAUUCCGCCUGAACCUGGUGAUGGAAAACCAUCAUGGUCAGAAUUACCAGAAGAAUUAAUACGUGAAAUUCUAUUACGUCUUUCUGAUUAUAAAGAUUUAGAACGUUCAGCACAAGCUUGUCAACGAAUGAAUUCAUUAUUGAAUGAAGAGCAACAUAUCUGGAAACAGUUGGUUAAAUAUCAUUUUACAAAAGAUCAAUUACGUUGGGCAUUACGAAUGACAAUAACUUCUGAAUCGAUCAAUUUUAAUAAUAAUCCACCGAUAAACACAACCACCACCGCUACUACUAAACAUAAAUCAACACCAACGAUGAUGAAUAUUGAAAUUGAUCAAAAUGCUGAUCCGAUAAUUGAACAGAACAAAUCGAUUAUAAUAGAUUGGGAACGUUUAUUUCAUUUGUUACGAAAAAAAUUUGGCCUAAAAGAAGAAUAUGCCGAUUGUCUUUUCUUAUGUCGUUAUUGUCGUUGUCUUUUCUGGAAGUCAAAAAAUCAUCCAUGUAUCCUAGAGAAUCCAGAUCUUACACGACAAGUACUGGUAACAUCACCAAUAACUGGUUUUAAAUCCACACAACAUCAAUAUUCAACAAAAUAUCCAAGCAAUUCAAAUAAUAAUGAAAAUCAACAACAACAACAACAACCAUUAACAGCUAUACUAAGAUCACGAUCACUUGCUUUUAAUCAUAAUAAUACAAAUAAUAAUCGUCGUCCACCAUCUGGACAUCGGCAGCAACAACAACAACAAUUACCAAAUGGACCGGUUAUGGUACAGAAUUUACCAUUUUUCGAACAUCCAUUGGUUAUUCAAAGGCAAAGACUUAAUAAUCAUCAACAACCUGAUAAUAAUCAUGAUCAAAAUAAUGAACAAAAUGCAAAUGCGCAACAACAACAACAACAACCGAGUCAAACAUCAUUUCAAAAAGCACCAUUGCAUGUUCCUAUAACACCACAGGCAUUUUUGAAAUUUUUUUCGCUUUAGGUUUUUUUUCAAUUUUCCUCGAAUCUCUGUGUGUCAAUGUUUGUGUGUGCGUGUGUUUAAUCAAUACAUAUGUUUUCUUUCUUUGUCUUUCUUUUAUUGCAUUAUAUAUCACAUACCUAUACUUUCUUUGAAUGAAAAUAUCAUUUUUCUUUGUGAUAAA